ACCGCCGCUCCUAUUAGGCCACGUCAAAAUUAUCUUCGUCGUCCGUCACCGCGUCAGGCCAUUGAGCAUAUUCCUUUUCGGACGAGCAAGGGUGCAGUGGUGAGCGAGAAAAAUAAAAUGUGAAGAAUGCGCAACAGCAACUGGCUACGUCGGUUCAUCGAGGCCGUCUGACUAUUUAGACAGAUAGGACUCAGCAGCUCGAGUACUAUUUUUAUUCCAGUUUCCAACUUAGAAUCGACAAGCACCCGAAAAUGUCAUUCGAAGGGAAAUACAAUGCGAAAAGUCCCGCUGUAAAAAGGUUAAUGAGAGAAGUUCUAGAGCUUCACGAGGCAACCGAAGAAUAUUGUGCUUCUCCCUUGGAAGAUAAUCUUUUUGAGUGGCAUUUCACUGUGCAAGGACCACCCUCAACAGACUUUGAAGGUGGUGUUUAUCACGGUAGAAUUCUGUUGCCACCUGAAUAUCCUAUGAAGCCUCCAAAUAUUAUACUGCUAACACCAAACGGCCGUUUUGAAAUUAACAAGAAGAUAUGUCUCAGCAUCUCCGGACAUCAUCCAGAAACGUGGCAGCCCUCUUGGAGCAUCAGAACAGCUUUGCUGGCCUUAAUUGCUUUCAUGCCAACACCAGGAAACAGAACAAUAGGUUCUUUAGAUUAUAGUAAAGAAGAAAGGCAGAAACUUGCAAAAAAAUCUCUGAAUUGGCAAUGUGACACUUGUGGGAAAGUCGUAAACUUGUUGUCCAAAACUACAGCUAAAAAGCCUAUCACAGAAGAGGAACAGACAAUGUUAAAUACAAUUGCCUUGAAGGCUGACGAUUCGCCCACAUCGGAACCAAGUUUCGUGGCCAGUACGGCGGACAGUGUUCCAGAGAAUGAGUUGAGGCAACGUAACGUCGACACGACUUCUGUUGAGAAUCAGGAUCGACAACAAUCAGACGUCAUAGUAAAUCAACAAGUAGAAACUAUGUCAUCUUCUAAUGAUUUAUUUUGGAGCAUUCUGAUUGCUUCUUUAGUGUCAGCAAUAAUUCUACUUGUUUUGCGGCGACUAUUUCUUGUUUAAAUUAUUCGAAAUGUAACAAACGUUAUACUUGUAAGUAUGUUAACAAGACGAAGUAAAUUUUAUACACGUUUUAUGAAUAGCAUUUUUAAACUUAGAAACAACUGACAGGUUUAUACACGCUAGAGAUAAUCUGGUUCCCAUAAAGACACAGUAUAUGGCAGAGACACGUACGGGCUGCACUGAUAUAUCCACUUUAGUACAUAUCUAUUUUAUUCCUACAAAACAUCUAAAACUAAAAAUCGCUUUGUUCAACUAUGCAUUAAGAUUUGGCAAAAUUCUAAGUCUUUGUGCAUUGUUGCGUUCUUUCAUUGGCUGUAUUUACUAGUCUUUGAGAUUCUUUUGAGUAUUUUCAUAAAUAAUGUAUUCUUACAACGUGAAUCAUUAUUUGAAAAUGU